AUGUUUUUGCUUUUAGGAAGUAAAUACAGUCAUGAAGAGAGAAAGAUUUCAAACUGUGGUAUUUGUUGUGCAUUUUGGAGGAAAUUAUGUGCAUUAUUUAUGAAGAGCAAGUGCUUUUUUCCACCUGAAUGCUUCGCUAAGAAUCUCAUCGUAUGUCUACCGUCUCUCAUACAAGCCCAGACGCAGGAACGCUCGCUCACGAGAAGUUAUGACGAAAAAUUGAUUAACAUUUCUGCAUUGCUGCUUCAAACGUCCAUAAAUAUUCUGACUUUUGUAACUAUAUAUAAUUAUGUAAAUAGGAAAAAAAACUUUUCUGUUUCCUCAUUGUUUUCUUCGGUUGGGCGAAAUUUAGCAAACAUGCCACUUUCAUUUUCACUUCAAAAGCAUGGCCCAGAAUUUGUUCAUUCUCAACUUUAUCUAGCAUUUGAAUCUACUAGGCGAGUUGCGUUUUGCAGUAAUUCUUAUCGUGGAUCACUGGUUAUACCUCUGUGCAAGUUUCAAACAUUGAAAGUUCAAUGGUUCUUGCAAAAAAUUACAUUUAACUCGAUUUUGAUACUUGACCGUUUGGGACUUUUUAUUGUACAAUUGACCAAUCUGUUUACCAUACGGUUUGGCGAAACAGGUUGUCACAAACUGAUAGAAAAUACCCCAGCUACUCGAGACACCAGUUUUAGGAAAGAAAAUUAUGCUGGCACCCAUUUGCGAUGCUGGCAGCAAACAUAUUUAGAAAAUAAUUUAAAAUGUUUUAUGCAGUUGAAAAGCUAUUCAAAUACAUCAUUGAGCAUCACAGGUAUAUUUUGUCCUCAUUUUUUACGAAGGGUUUCUUCUAAGUACUUGAACUAUCCUUCUUAUGCAAACCAAAUUUCUAUGGUUAUUGCUAAUCAUCUUACAAUUUUACUUUUAAUAUUUAACCCUGGAUCAAAAACUUGGAUGGGGGACGAAAUUUUGUACCAUGAUACCUGGAAAAGGAUUCAGUCAAGCCUGUUAAAGAUAUUUAAAAGAUCACCUUUUAUUUCAUUGAAAACAUUUGCACAGAAGACCGUUUCAGAAGACGCAGAAAUGGUGGAGCUUACUUCUCAAACAUUCUAUGCUUCCCAAAAAUCCUGUUUGGAUGCAAUUUUAUCACCUCUUUCAAUAAAAAUUACAAUUAGAAUCUUAGAAGCAAUUUCGUCCCUAAACAUAGCACAGAAGUCGUCACCAGACGAAAAGUUUUAUACACCAAUAAUGUGCUCUAGUUUAUGGGAGAAAUCAUUUGAGUCCUCAGAGCAUACAUUUCUAGCCCAAAGAACAACGUCUUGGACGUUCAUUAACAGUAGAUACACCCCUGUACGGCAAUGUUUUGGGCUGACUACUUUUCCAUUGAGUAACUCAUAUUCAACAAAAACUUUCACAUCUUUGUUAAUAGUAUACGAUUUAAACCAAACACACUUAAAGCUGAAAGGAGUAGCAAAGUCCCUAGUAGCUUUGGGACGACGGUAUGGCCUGUUCACCCUAAGUGCUAUCUUAUUACAGCAGCAAGUCACUCUCGUGAGUGCUUUACUAGGGUGGUGCAUUUAUGUCCUCGACAGAAGAAAUCAUGAAGAUGAAUUUGUCAAUACGAUUUUCUGCAAUCACAAAACGUGGAGGCAAAAGCGUCCACUUGCAACACCUGUCUCAGAUCAGCAAUUUUUUGUGACAUUGAUAACAGAAAUUACGUUCCCAAAUGUUGCUGAAGCUAAUAUAUUUAGUUCUGAUUAUGCAUCAUUUUACAAAUUCUCGGAGGUGUAUUUGUCCGCUCUUCCUGAAUUUUCGACUGGGAUGUCGUCUGUUGGUGUUCCCAUAAAGGUGUUGCAUGAUGCCGAGGGCCAUGUAAUUACACUGGAAACAAUUAAUGGUGAAGUUUUUCGUGGGAAACUUAUUGAAGCUGAGGAUAACAUGAAUGUUCACAUGCAGGAAAUAAUUAUGACUGCAAGGGAUGGUAAAACUUCCAGUCUGCAGCAUGUGUAUAUACGUGGAAGUAAAAUAAGGUAUACCAUUUUAACCGGUAUCAAUUAUCCAGUUGAAAUUUUGCCAAAAACAUGUUUUCACAUAUAUUUGCAGCUUUAUCAUUCUGUAGUAUCGUGGAGGGGAAUUCAAACACACGCUUUAACAAUGGGUAUCAUGCUCCAUGUAUGGAAAGAAAACGGUGUUCAAAUUGUGAUAUUUUUGGAGGGAAUUGCCGAGAUCUGGCGUGCAUGUAAAAUUGAGGGUAAAAACAAGAAGUCACAGGUUUCAUUAAAUGUCAAUUUCCCACGUCUUCAUAGUGACGAUCAUUGUAUAAAAGAACCAUUAAGUGCGCGUAAUUUACAUAACUACACUCGAUAUGUAGGGCGGUGUGAGAUACUCGAUAAUAACAUCAAUUUAAUUGUUCUUAAUAAAUCACAACACAAUUAUUUUCGGUUGUUUGUGAGAGUUCUGCCAAAUCCUACUUCUGACCGCCGUUGUUGUUAUUUUUCAAGUGAUUCAUGUGUUGAUGUAUUGAUUGUGAUGCAUGAUGAAUCGUAUUUUGUUCAAAAAUUGGGAGUUCUUGAUGUUUUAAUAGAAUCGGCAACCAUUUCAAUAUUCCAUAAAUCACUUAUGUGA